GUUCGCCAGUAGGUCUUUCACCCGCCAGCAAAACCAGAAGAGGCGCUUCUGAUCCCACCGGCGGCGGCAGCAAUGGGGAUAGAUUUGAAGGCUGGAGGUAAGAGCAAGAAAACCAAGCGUACGGCUCCCAAAUCAAAUGAUAUAUACCUCAAGCUUCUCGUCAAGCUUUACCGGUUUCUGGUAAGGAGGACCGGGAGCAGCUUCAAUGCCGUUGUGUUGAAGAGGCUGUUCAUGAGCAAGAUCAACAAACCUCCACUUUCCCUCUCCAGGCUCAUUCGAUUCAUGAAGGGCAAGGAGGACAAGAUUGCAGUGGUUGUGGGAGCAAUAACAGAUGACAUUAGGGUUUAUGAUGUUCCUGCCCUUAAGGUUACUGCUCUGAGGUUUACCGAGACUGCUAGAGCCAGAAUCGAGAAGGCUGGUGGUGAAUGCUUGACAUUUGAUCAGCUUGCCUUGAGAGCUCCUCUUGGCCAGAACACGGUUCUUCUGAGAGGUCCUAAGAAUGCUCGUGAGGCAGUGAAGCACUUUGGCCCAGCUCCUGGUGUGCCACACAGCCACUCUAAGCCCUAUGUCAGAUCGAAGGGAAGGAAGUUUGAGAAAGCUAGGGGCAGGAGGAACAGCAGAGGAUUUAGAGUUUAAGUUGUUGGUUUUCAUAGUUGUUUAUGUACCAGAGGCUGUUUGUGUUACUUCUCUCCUACAUUUGCAAUUCCCAAAUUUUUUGCUAGAACCAUAGUCCAUCUAUCAACCUAGUUUCGUUUUGUGUCUAUUAUCGUUUGAAUGCUUUGGGGUUAUCCAUAAUAUGCAUCUGUCUCCACUGAUUACUCUAAAUCGUGGCUGUUAAGUUCUCAUUCUAGCUUUAUUGAUCAGUAAAGUAAUGCUAGUCUC